ACUAGUUCGAGUGAAAGUGGAGACAGUCUUUCUCUUUCCUCAAUUCUGCAGUGUACUCACGGAUCUGCGCGUGGACUAGACGUCAUCUGUUUUCCUUGAGGGACUCUUUGGUUGUAAUGUCGCGGAUAAUCUUCUUAGCUUGCUUGCUAAGCCUGGUAAGCAGUCUGCCCUCCACACCGGCCAGCAUUAAAAAGGUGGACGAAAAGGGUUUUAUAGACUGGAUUAAUAAUCUCAUCGGCAACAGCCCUGCUACCACGUUGAGACCGACCAAUGAUCCACCUCCAGAUUGCCCUACUUGCCAAUGUGGUAUCGCCCGCACUCGCCGGCGUAUUGUCGGGGGUUACGAAACAAAAGUGCUAGAGUUCCCGUGGAUGACAGUACUCCUGUACAAUGGUAGAUUUUAUUGUGGAGGAUCUUUACUGAAUGACCUCUACGUACUAACUGCUGCUCAUUGUACUUCUGGGUUCCGCAAGGAGAGAAUGACGGUUAGAUUUUUGGAACACGAUCGGUCUGCAGCCAACGAGACGAAGACUAUCGAAAGAAAAGUAGAAGCUAUUAUCAGACAUUCGCGGUACAGUCCUAGCAAUUACGAUAAUGAUAUCGCACUUCUGAAGUUGGAUAAAAGGGUGGACUUGAGCACUGCUCUAAAGCGAACUUCAGACGGUCAAACCGAAGAAGACGCAGGUCCUCGUCCUGUGUGCUUGCCUUCUCCUGGACUUUCCUACAGCAACUACAGUGGUGUGGUCACUGGAUGGGGUACUACUGAAGAAGGCGGAUCUGUGUCUAAUACACUGCAAGAGGUGUACGUUCCCAUAAUAUCGAAUGAGGAUUGUCGAAAAACCGUUUACAAGCAACGAAUCACAGAUAACAUGCUGUGCGCGGGUGAACCUGAAGGUGGUCGUGACGCUUGCCAAGGAGAUUCUGGAGGACCUUUGCAUGUUAUGAACUCAAACGCGCAGUUUCAGGAAGUUGGAGUCGUAUCAUGGGGCGAAGGUUGUGCCCGGCCUAAUGCUCCAGGAGUCUUCACGCGCGUCAACAGAUACUUGAGUUGGAUAAAGAGCAACACCAAAGAUGCUUGCUAUUGCAACUAAAAUCAUCCUCUAAGAUGAUCUAUUUAUUAUUAUUCAGUUCAGUACAUCACAAACUUAGGGAAAACUAUUAUAGCUUGCUAUCACUUAAUAGGCUAAGAAAUGUAAUGAAAAGCGACAAUGUAUCUUCGCUGAAGUGAGACAGAUCGUCACUAAAAGGUUUGUGAAAUUCUACGAUUCUGUAAAUUUUGAAUGGAUUUUAUGCUCUGCAAAAGUUACUAAAACACUUUUAU